AUGUCGUCGCCCAACUCCCCUCGUCCCUCGAACGGGGCUGCGCCCGCGUCAGCUCCAGCUCCCACUCCCACGCGCGAACCUUCCGACAACCCAGAGCUUGAUCUGCCCAAGCUGAAAUCACUACCUGUCGAGCAACAGGAUCUGUUCCUCCUGAAUGCCUUCGCAGCAUUGACGAAACAUGCCCUUGCGCUAUCGGCCGACGACUGCACCGCCCAGCAGUUCUACCUCAAAAAGGAGGUCUUCCAGAUCAUCAACCUAUCAGCGCCGGCGCCGGGUCGAGUAAUAAGGAACAACCUCGGAAAGAUCCUCGCGCAUGUGCUUGGAACUGGCGACAGGAAGCUGCUCUUCGAAACCGUCAACGAGCUGGUUACUAUUGUUUCCAGCGGGAAAUCGAAGACCGAGUCCGAUGUUCGGACGAGGCACGCGGCGGUCAGCUGCUUGGGCGAUGUCUAUGCCGCGGCCGGCGACAGUGUUAUUGGGUUACAUCCGUUGGCCUGCGGAACUCUAGUUAAGUCGCUGAAGUCGUCCCAGAGCCACGCCGGGUUGCGCGCCGCCAUCUUCACCUCCCUUGCCAAGAUCGUAGGCAUGGUACAAGGUAGCCUGGACGAGAGUAUCGCCAGAGACAUCUGGAAGCAGGCGCGGAACGCAGCUUCUGGUGAGAGGGGAUCUCUGACCAUCGUGUCUGCUUGCCGGUGUCUGAGAUCAUUGAUCAGAUACACUUCGUACUUUGAAAACUCGAGCGACUUCGAGUACUUGAAGUCGCACAUCUUCAAGACCAUCGAUUCUAGUUCCUCGCGUGUAAGGCACGCCGCGGCUGAUUGCUUGGCCGAGGCUAUGGUUAAGAACCAUUCCGAACAAUCUCCCAGCGGCGCUUCAGCUACCAAAGCCAAGAAGUCAAAAACAAAGCCAAGCAAGAGGGCUACAAUGACUCCAGGGGGCGGGUUCGAUGAGGAAGAUGAUAUGCCAUCUUCACGGCCAGGAAGUCCAGCACCUGGCGGAAAAAAGAGUCAAGACUUAUCACUCUCUCUGAGUGACAUUAUGAAAACACUGACCACCCAAUAUGUUCGAUUGUCUACGACCAACCGAGCCAGGGCAGCUAUAGGAGUGUGUUAUGGAAGGGUUAUGAGACGCUUGGGGGAGAAGUUCGUCGAGAUGAGUUAUCUACGAAUUGUCGAACAUCUGACCAUCGACCUCCUCGGCCAUCAGAAUAUCACCAACAACCGCUACAGGCUGCUCAUUUCCCGCCGCAUCGUUGACACCGUACUUCAGGAUGUCAUUGGUCGCAGGACCCUGGGCGAAUCCGGUCAGAUGGCUGCAGCGAAGGUGCUCGUCAAUGAGAUCUUUAAGAACUACCCUCAGGCCAUGACGGAGCGUGAGCCAUCCAAGCAGACACUGAUUGCAACCUUGGGUGCUGUUGCUUCGCUCAUUGACUCGUUGGGAUCGGCCGCAAACAAUUUCGCGGAGCCUUGCCGAGAUGGACUUUUACAAGUAUUGCAACAUCCAAGCUACAGCGUCCAAGUCUAUGCUUCACACUGCAUGAAGACCUUCGUUCUCGCGUGUCCACAGCAGCUUCUGCCGUGUCUAUCUGUUUGUAUGAACAGUCUCACUAGGGAACUAUCCCUUCUCGGUGGUGGACGGACCUCUCCAAGGAAGUGUAUUGGAUUUGCGCACGGGUUGGCAGCGACUCUCAGCGCCAGUCCGGCACGCCCACUGUAUGGCUCUCUUGAUAUCAACAAUCGCGUUUACUCUAUGGCAACCAACCUCCUCAAGUCGAGCGGCAAGUCAGAACUCCGAGUUUCAAGCACACAAGUCCAAGUCGCCUGGAUUCUCCUAGGCGGUCUUAUGUCUCUCGGGCCUAACUUUGUCAAAAUUCACCUUUCACAAUUACUCAUUCUCUGGAAGAAUGCACUUCCGAAGCCUCUAGCCAAGGACAACUUCGCUCACCGCAGCAGUCUCGAGGUAUCUUUCUUAACGCACGUCAAGGAAUGCGCCUUAGGCUGUAUUCUCUCUUUCCUUCAGUUCAAUAGCCGCCUGUUGACUGUUGACGUCUCCAAGCGCAUAGCCACGAUGCUUCAGGGCACCACCGCAUUUCUUCGGAUGCUGCCCUCCAAAAAGACCACGGACGACAUUGCUCAGAGAUUGACGCCAGCCCUACAACUGCAAGACUUGGAUAUGAUGGUCCAGCGACGUGUUUUGCAAUGUUAUAUCAAGCUUGUCAAUCAGAGCCCGGCAGGGGGCAGCGAGGCGCUCCUGCAAUCCAAUCUCCUUACUCUCGCGAUAUCCCUGUUUGCCGAUCCUGAAAACUACACACCAAACUCCCUAAGUGCAUCCAUUGCCAACUCUGCCGGGACUUUCGAAACCGUUUGGGAGGUCGGCGACAACUCUGGUUUUGGUGUUAAUGGUUUGAUCCGCGGCUUCAAGACUAAGAAGCUUGCUGGACAGAAGGAUGAACCACCAGACAGUCUGGUAGUUGACGAGACCGACCCCGAUAACAUCAUCGACAACCUACUCUCAUCACCGAUAUGUCCUUCGCUCGAGCAUGAUGCUGCUGUGCUUUACAUCGGCGAGAGAAAUGCUUCUAUGAGUCUUCCUGAUCCACCGGCUACCGAGGUUGUAAACAUGGCAAUUCAGCUAUUUGCCUUCGUCUUUCCCCUCACCCCGGCCAAAGUCCAGGAAAGCAUACUCGAACAGAUCACUACGUUCAUCUCAGCAGGCUCACUGCAGCGCGAUCCCGGCCGCAAGGCAGCCAUUAACGUCAAUGUUGCUAGCGCAUUGCUCUCGACACUGAAGGUCGCGGUCAAAGAGACCCAAUCUCCUUCUGGCGAUGUCACAAAUAUAGCCGUGGAAAAGCUGCUGCAGGAGCUGGUCAGGGGCUUUGUGGUAGAUCCGGACCAGUACAUUCGAAAUCUUGGCUAUGGUGCAAUCGGCCGCCUGUGCAACACCUGCGGCAAUGCUUUCACUAACCAUGAGGUCAAAUACUUGGUAGACACUAUCGUGGGCAAUCGAGAACCCAGUGCUCGUGCUGGAUGUGCCAUGGCCUUGGGUUCCAUCCAGGCCAAGGUAGGCGGUAUGGGAGCUGGAUAUCAUCUCAAGACCAUCACAGGUAUUCUAAUGUCCCUGUGCAAUGACCCGCAUCCGACAGUACACUUCUGGGCCUUGGAGGCACUUGGCAAGGCUUCGGAUGCUGCUGGUCUCGGAUUCAGCCCAUACGUCUCUGGGAGCCUGGGAAUGUUGGCGCAGCUGUACCUGUCAGAGACGCACCAUUCCGAAGUCGCGUCCGCCAUAUCCAUGAGCUUGGAGAUGGAAUUGUCGACCACGGCAGCUAUCACUCGCUGCGUUGAUUCGCUAGUCAACGUUGUAGGGCCUGAUCUACAGGACUCGACCAAGUCCCGCGAGUUGAUACUUACUCUGGUUGGCCAGCUGCAAAGCGAAGAUGAGAUCCUGAUACAGCGUGCCGUCCUAGGAUGCCUAGAGCAUCUAUCCCUGUAUGCGCCCGGUCACAUGGUCUUCAGUGAUUAUGUCAAACUGUUACAGAAGUACCUCAACUCAGAAUACCCCGAGCUUCGCGACGUUGCUGUGGACGGACUCUACAACCUCAUGAAGCGCAACUCCUACGACGUCAUCGAAGCAGCGGAUCCGGGCUUCGAGGAUCAAAUCUGGCUCGUUUUGGAUGUCGCGCCUGAUCAUGACGGUAUCCGCAAUGUCAUUCGCAAUUGGUUGCGCCAGACCUCGCUGCGAGACACGGCAUCGUGGCUCUUGCGCUGCCAGAACGUCCUGAAGAUGACUCGGACGAAAGUCACCGAGGACUUGCGAACCGAUGUGACCAAAAAGGGCCCGGCUCUCGAUCUGCAGGAUGAAGAAGUUGCUGGUUUCGCCGGCAUUGCCAAGGACGAGAAAGACACAGCGGCCAGCUCCGAGAUGGAGCCUUUGCGCUGGCAGGUCAGGACAUUCGCGAUGGCCUGCCUGAACGACAUAUUUGUCUUGAUUGGGAAAGACAUUGCCACCAACGGAGAGUCACCUGCCCAGGUAGCGCUUCAAGGCAGAAUCGCCGAAGUCAUUCGGAUGGCUUUCUCCGCCUCCACAUCCAGUGUCUUGGAACUCAGGAUAUGGGGCUUGAAGAUAAUCGGCGCCGUUCUGAGGAUGUUUGGAAAGGCGCCCGAUCCUGAUUUUGACGAAGCCAUGCUUCUUGAACAGUACCAGGCGCAAAUCAGCUCGGCACUAACACCUGCUUUCGCCGCAGACUCGUCGCCUGAACUUGCCGCCGAGGCUGUCAACGUCUGUGCAGCUUUCAUCUCAACUGGUAUUGUCACAGACGUAGACCGCAUGGGUCGUAUCUUGAAGACACUUGUCAGUGCACUGGAGAACUUCUCGACGGAGACCGAAAAUGCAGGCAUCGGUGACCUAAAGGGCCUCAGCUCUAACGCCGGAGUCAUGGUCAAAAUGUCCGUCUUCUCCGCAUGGGCAGAUCUUCAAGUUGCGAGCUCGGAACAGAAAUACCUCCUGGAUGUGCUCAAGGCCCAUAUCGGCACACUCACACCAAUGUGGCUGGCUUCUUUGCGUGAAUUUGCUCGAUUGAGAUUUGAGCCUGACAUCUCGAUGACCUUAGGGCCGCCUUCCAUGUCAGGUAGCCUGGACACAAUCUACGCUGCCCUCAAUCGAGAGACGCUUCUCAAGUUUUAUCAGGACUCCUGGCUGAAGUUGGUAGAUGCUAUUGCUAGUCUGAUUGAGCAAGACAGCGAGUUCGUAUUCGACGCGCUGGAUGGCAAGGAGAUCGAUGCUCCAUCUACCAAUGGGCAGUCGAAGGGUGCUGACAUCAACUACCGCGAUGAGCCUGUCGCCUUCUUCUUUGUGCUCUUUGGUAUCGCCUUCGAGGCCCUUGCGACGAGGCCCGGCCAGACCGAUUCGCUGGCCACGCAGGAACAAACACUAGAGAUACUCCAGGCUCUCAAGAAGAUCCUGCACCCGAGCGUUUCAGGCCAUGCCAUCUACAGGGAGGCAAUCUUCUCUGAAACCAUGGAUCUACUUGACCGCCUCGUCUUAACCGAGGGCCUCGAUGUGCAAGGAGUCAUCGUCGAAAUCGCACGGGCACUAUGUGUGGCACAUCCAUCGGCCAGGAAGAAGGAGCAAACCGAGGAUGGCGACUUGAGUGAAGACAUCGAGCAGCUAUUUGAGCUCACUAGGAUCAUCGUGCUCGUUCUCUCUGGGUUAUUGCCCAACUUGACCGAAGCGAACCAACCAGUCCGUCAUCAUCUCACUGAGGAAUCGGUUCUUCUUGUAAGGACAGGGCUCAGCGCUAUCGUGGAUGCCGCCGAGGUGUUCCCUUCAAUCAUCAAAACCGAUCUGCAUGCUUGUAUCAUCCACAUAUUCUCGACUAUACUGGCAACCCCCUCUUGCCAGGAGGUCAUUGUACCUCAGGCAUUGCCAAUGUUCAAGAGGUUCGUCACAAGUAUGUGCGAUUCCCGCAGCUCUGCAGAUGGUAGGUCUCCUACCGACGCUCAGGUGCAGGGCUGCCUGCGUCGGUUCUUGUCGAUCUACCUGCACGCGCAGAAGCGUGAGGCUUCAACCUCGUUGCAGUGCGUCAAGAACAGCCUUCUUAUUAUCACCAUCCUCUUUACUGGCGGCAACACUCGUCUGGCGGCAAAUGAUCGCGUCGUCUCCAAGUUCUUAGACGAAGUACUAGAUUGCCUGACCGAUCGCAUGACCGCGAGGAUCGCUGCGAACUGCGUACGGUCACUCCUCCUCCAAGCUUCGCCAACACCAGCCGCUCAGUCGGUCGCGCGUUAUCUCCUUCCGCGUCUGGUCGCUUUCGUGGCGGAUACGGACCCCGAGGAUCCCGAAGGCGCUCGGAAGCUCGUUGCUCACACACUAACGCAGUACGUGUCGAUUGUCGGCAAAGACCACGCCCAGAUCGCCAUGUCCAUCGUGGCGCCGACCCUGCUCUCGCGUGCUGCCAGCGAAGGUGCCGAGGUCUACCACGAGACGAGCGCCAGACUGCUCGAGCUGGCGUCGGCGGACCAGACGGGGUUCAGGGGCGUCGUGUCGGCCAUGAGCGAGGGCCAGAAGGCCUUCAUGGAGGAAGUCAUCCGCUCUGGCCGGCAGACCGGCGACGCGGGGCGGGACACCGGCAAUGCGGGCCAGCCGACUAUUGCGCUGAAGAUGGAUUUUGGUGGUUGA